CUAGAUGCAUCGGAAAAAAACAACUCAUUCUCGUUCUCACUCCCAACCGGAAAGUUAGAAACCCUAUGCCCUAGCUUUCAUGGCUUAUCGGGAAAAUGACACCGGAACUACCCAAACCAAGCCUCUGCCUAAGGAUACCAAGAAGAAAGAUGUUAACAAGGAGGAUCUUCAUGCACAAUUAGAAGAAGACUUGGCUCUUAAGCAACAUUUGGAGUUACGCGUAGAGAGAAUUUAUGACGUUGAUCCUGAAGUCCAAAAAGUAGCUCUUGAGAGCAUGAGGCAAGAAGUCCGCACCUCAAUUAGCUCCAUGACUUAUGUUCCAAAGCUGUUGAAGUUUCUCCGACCUCAUUACCGAACCCUAAAGGCAUUUUAUGAGACUAUGCUUGAUUCAGGUUUGAAGAAAUACCUAGCUGAUAUAUUAUCUGUGUUGGCAUUGACCAUGUCUGUAGAGGUCAAGCGGGAGAGCUUGAAGUACAGAUUGUUGGGUUCAGAAGGCGACAUUUGUUCAUGGGGCCAUGAAUAUGUGAGGAUAUUGGCAGGAGAAAUUUCGCAAGAGUAUCUGAUGCGACAGAGUGAAGAUGCCCCAGUUGACGAUCUAAUGGAGCUUGUGGAACAAAUUGUUGCUUUUCACAUGAAGCACAAUGCUGAGUCUGAAGCUGUUGAUCUUUUGAUGGAGGUUGACGAUCUUGACCCUUUAACUGAGCAUGUUGAUAUUACAAAUUUCAGGAAAACCUGUCUAUACCUCACUAGUGCCGCGAGAUAUCUUCCGGAUCCAGAUGACAUUUUAUUUAUGGAUACUGCAUACUCAAUAUAUCUUGUGUUUUACGAAUUUGCAAGUGCACUUCAGAUUGCGCUUUUCCUUGACAACCUGGAGCAUGUUUGCGAGGUGUUCACUUCUUGUGAUGAUCUAUUGAUGAAGAAGCAAUUUUGCUACAUUCUUGCUCGACAAGGGAUUAAUUUUGAACUUGAUGAUGAUAUGGUUGAGGAUGAUGAAGAUAGAGAACUGUCACAGGCUAUCAUCAACAACGUUAAAUUAAGUGAAGGUUAUCUCACCCUUGCUCGUGAUAUUGAGGCUAUGGAGCCUAAAUGUCCAGAAGACGUCUAUAAGACUCACUUGCUUGAUGGUCGUGCUAUUGCUGGUGCAAAUGUUGAUACAGCUAGAGAAAAUUUGGCUGCUACAUUUGUCAAUGCUUUUGUUAAUGCAGGUUUUGGCAAGGACAGGUUAAUGACAGACCUGGCUGACUCUUCAAGUGAUGGUUCAUCUGGAAAUUGGCUUUUCAAAAACAAAGAACAUGCGAAGAUCAGUGUUGUAGCAAGUUUGGGCAUGAUUCUAUUGUGGGAUGUCAACUCUGGGCUUGCUCAGAUUGACAAGUAUUUACAUAGCGAUGAUAACUACGUGAUUGCUGGAGCAUUAUUAGGAGUUGGGCUCGUCAACUGUAGUGUUACUAAUGAUUAUGAUCCUGCUUUGGCACUUCUGAGUGAAUAUAUAAAUAAAGAAGAUUCUUCAAUCCAAAUUGGUGCAAUUAUGGGUUUGGGGAUUGCAUACGCAGGUGCUCAAGAUGAGCAGAUACUUAACAGCCUGAUUGCCAUACUUAAACAUGAAAAUGUCCCCCACGAUGUCAUUGCCUUUACUGCAAUUUCAUUGGGUUUGGUUUUCGUGGGUUCCAGUAAUGGGGAGGUUGCGCAGGCAAUUACAGAUGCUUUAACAGGCAGAAGUGUGUCAGAACUAGGGCAGCCACUAAGUCGGCUUCUAGUCCUUGCUCUUGGUCUUAUAUACCUUGGGAAACAGGAAGGUAUGGAGGCCACUUCGGAGGUCUCAAAAUCUUUUUCGAAAAAGAUGAGAAAUUACGUUGAUAUCACAUUGCUUUCUUGUGCCCAUGCCGGAACUGGGAAUGUUCUGACGGUCCAGAAGCUUCUUGGUCAUUGUUCACAUCUUGAAAACGCUGAAACCUCCCAAGGUUCUGCUGUGCUUGGGAUUGCCAUGGUAGCAAUGGCUGAAGAGGUAGGUCUUGAGAUGUCAAUUCGUUCACUGAAGCAUUUUUUGCAGUAUGGUGAGCAGAAAAUUCGGCGAGCAGUUCCUUUGGCUCUUGGUCUUCUGUGUAUAUCAAACCCAAAGGUCAAUGUGAUGGACACUUUAAGUAGGCUUAGUCAUGAUACAGAUUUAGAAGUUGCAAUGGCUGCUGUUAUCUCCUUGGGUUUGAUAGGUGCUGGAACUAAUAAUGCUCGCAUAGCUGGCAUGCUACGCAAUCUUUCAAGUUUUUAUUACAAUGUUCCUGGCCUUUUAUUUUGUGUGCGAAUUGCUCAAGGUUUAGUACAUAUGGGGAAGGGUCUGUUGACACUUAAUCCCUAUCAUUCUAAUCGCCUUUUGUGUUCACCGACUGCACUAGCUGGUUUGGUUACAAUGCUGCACGCAUGUCUUGAUAUGAAAUCUAUUAUUCUGGGGAAAUACCAUUUUGUUCUUUACUACCUUGUUUUGGCAAUGAAGCCAAGGAUGUUAAUGACUUUGGACAAAAACCUAGAACCUAUUUCAGUCCCCGUUCGGGUGGGGGAGGCUGUUGAUGUUGUAGGCCAUCCUGGCCAACCCAAAACUAUCACUGGUUUCCAGACCCAUUCAACCCCUGUCCUUCUGGCUGCCGGUGAGAGAGCAGAGCUGGCUACUGAAAAGUAUGUCCCCCUCUCGCCCAUCCUAGAGGGAUACGUUAUUUUGGUAGAAAAUACCGAGUACAUGGAAGAUAAUUAGGUUGAUAGCUGAAAAUUUGGAGGCAUGGUAGGCUACGUUAGCUUCUAGUUUUUGGUUACUUUAUGAUUUGUUGUGUAUAAUAGUAAAAUUCCCGUUUUUUCUUUACAACUGCCCCUCUGCUUAUAAUCGCAAAUUGCCGCUAGGCAAAAAAAAAAAAAAACAAUUUGGAGGAAAAAAAUUUAGGGUUUUUAAGCGUUACUUAAUAGGCUUUUUUCAAUGAAAGAAAUAAUAUAAAACUCUUACAAUAUUAUAGUAAUUAUUUUA